UGCAAUCGUUGCUAUCCGUAAACAACAUGGAGGAUGGCGGGCACUGACUGAAGCUACAAACUUAUGGACAACUUAACAUGUAGGAGUUCUAACGCGCUGAGGGACAUAUGAUGGCUGUUGCCACAGAUGUGAUAGUCCCCCCAUCAGGACACAAGCAUGUGGCCUUUUCUGGGAGCGGUGACACAGAGAUUCCAACAAUAAAUAUGGCCUCUAAACCUCCCCUAUCUGUGAGCUUCCAGUCAGACUCUAGGACUCGGGCAGUCACACAUAAGCUAUCAAUUGUACCUGAGGGGGAGGAGUUUGAGGAAAUACUCCGAGAAAUUGACAAGGACUUGGAAAAAGGAAAUGAAGCUGAUGCUGAAGAUGAUGAAAAUGAGGAAGAUGAAAAGACACUGAUAGAUGACCAUGAAGAUCCAAUAUUUGAGAAAAUAAAGGAAAAGGUUGAAAAAAGUCUAGAAAGGACAGAAUCUGUUACAUCACUUUCCAGUGCGGGUACAGAUGAAAGCGAUGGAAAACAAAUUCUUAUUUCAGAACAAUAUACUAACAUUCCCUUUGGUAUACAGCCCAGAGCAACGUAUGAGCACGGCAAGAAAAAUGCUGAUAUUAUGGGGUUGGCAUACAACAGCAGAAUGAGACAGUUCAUUAUUCUGGACAGUAAAGGCAUCACUUCCUGGAAACGGGACAAUGUAGAUAACAGGGUGAUGAGGAAUCUGCUGUACCCUAAGUAUGAAUACAGACUUCUGACCUACAUUGUCUACGCCAAAAAGUAUAACUGCUACUUCGCCUUGUCCAAAGAUUUUUCAUUAAAGGUGUUGAACCGUGACUUUGACGAGACGUGUAAUGUCAAAGCUGGACUAAGGUCAGUGUUGUUUAUGGUGUUCAACUCCGUGACUGAUGAGCUCAUUACUGGGGGCGUCGACGGAACCAAGAUCUGGUCAUUUCGCCAAGCAGCUGGAAGUUCUUUCAUGGAACUGAAACCCCUAUCCAACUAUGAACUACAUCUAGAAAAGACGCUGGAGAAUGUGGGUGGUAGCUGGGUGAAGAAGGUUGAGCUGGACCACCACCUCCAACACCUGUACUUCUGUUCCGACACUGACCUCCAUGUCUACAACCUCCAGGGCAAAAGACUGUUCAAAUAUGAGAAGGCCCACACGAUGUCGAUCACGGGUUGUGUUUACUCCCAGAGUGCCAAGGUCCUUAUCACUUCCUCUGUUGACUGCGAAGUGAAGGUGUGGAGUCUGAUGGGAGGGAUGGUACACUCGUUCCGAGGUCACUCUCGUGCAGUGACCAACCUACUGCUGCAUCCCGACUCAUCCUCUCUCAUCGUCACCGCGUCUCUGGACGGCUCCAUCAGGAUGUGGUCACUGGACACAAUGGAACUUGUCUACAAUAUCACAGUAUCAUCAGAUGGUGUACUAUGGAUGGGCCUCACAGAUGACAAUAUUCUCUACGUUAGUACGUGUCGUAACAUCACGCUAUGGUCGCUGAAUCAGUUCUACAGUUUCUGGGCACUCAGCCGCAACCGUGUCACACGUCUUUCUCUGUCAGGCCACGAGAGUAAAACAACCCGGGUUGUGUCUCUAGGAGAUGACAGUAGUGUCCGGCUGUUCCACAGAAAAACGUCUAAGAACCUGACGACGGUGCUACCCCCGCAUGUGGUGCCUCCCCUCCAGUCAGUGAUGAGUGUAUGCUACAGUAGGGAAUUUGAUGUUAUAUUCCUUCUCAUUAAUCCCCAGGAGAUCUGGGUCUAUACCUCCAGGACUGACCCAUGCUGUCGUAUUGCUGUGUGGGACGUCCACAACUUACAGAUACCUUACAUCACCGGCUCUAAGGGAAGGGGAGAGGAAAGAGGUGUAAGGACUGGUCCGAAGGGCAUACCAAUCCACCGUGCCACAGAAAACGGGACCGGGAACGAGGUGGUGUGUAACUGUUACAGUCUGUGUGACCUCAACUCUUCAGCCACCAUGUGGACGGACGAGGGCAACUGUUGUCCUAUACGUCACAGCUACCUUCUACUGGGGAUGGAGGAUGGUCGGAUUCUAUUUAUGGACCCAGUGAUUCGUGGACAGAAGUACAUGGAGUUCAAGGCCAACAAGGACAAGAUCCAGAUGAUGAAGCAUGACGUGGCCCAUGAGGCCCUGAUCACCAUGUGUCAGAUGAGUUCCCACGCCCUGUUCCAGAUCUGGGACCUGCCCAACCUCACACUUAAACACGAGGUGUGCUGCGGGCAGGACGUCCAGCAUUUCACCAGACUGGAUUACUCCUUCCUGACUGGCCACCAGAGCGGCGCUGUCUACUUCCACUACUUACUGCCUGCUGAUGAGUCGGGGGCAUUGAAGUCUAAAGAAGAUGAAGAUCAGACAGUAGAUGAGAAGGACUUGGGCAUCAGUGGUAAAAAGUUGGAACAUAACAGCCCUAUUGUAGGCCUGGACGCCGCCUCCUCUCUCCGGAUCUUCUGUUCUGCCAGUAUGGAUGGAGCCAUUAAGAUUUGGGAUGAGUUCUGUGUGUUGCUGACAGAGAUCACCAUGGAGGAUUCUCUCACUGCUCUGUGCUUCCUCAAUGCUCAAUGUGAUCUCCUGGUGGGCUUCCAAAACCAUAUCUACUUCAUCGACCACACUAAAGUUUGUCCCUACUUGAAGCUGCCAGAAGAUGAGGGGGACUAUGAUUCGGAUACAGAGUCUGAUAUCUACGAGAACCCUGAUGUGCUGUACGAGGGAGGACUGCAGAACACGGAUGAACUGACUCUGGAUACCUACCUGGUGCCAUAUAAGAUACAGUUUUCACAGGACUUCCUGGAGGGCAAGCUCCCUAUAGAGCAGAAAACUGCUCACGCUGAGGAGGACAAAGAGUCCUCUGAGUCUGAGUCGGACUACUCCCUGGCUCCCACGGAUACCUACCUUUCCCCACCGGACAGUCCUAGCGGCCUCUCUGAGAUUGACCUCAUCCUGGGGAGUGGCUACACCAAAUAUGAUCUCCUCAAACAGAUGAACCGCACCAUGAGGACUCUUGCCAUAAAACAAAAAGCAGAUGCUAGGAGAAAAAAACUCAUGAAAAAGGGAAGAAAGCUAUAUCCCAAGCGAGGCAAGAAGCGUGUCAACAUCAUGUUGGACGACGACACGCCGUUGCAGUCCGACCAUGAAGACGGGCAGAAAGAGCAGGACCCAUUCCUCCUGCCAACGUUUGGGAUGUCGCCAGGUCCCACACCCCCGGGCACUCCCCCCAGCAGACCUGCCACCCCUGUCGACUUUGUACCCCAUGUUGAGGGAACAGACAUCGUAAAAGAUAAGGCUAAACCUGAGAAGGUCGCCCCAGAACCAGUCGCAGAAGCGUUUACCCCUGUGGAGGAUAAACGGCCCCGACCCCAGCACGAGUAUGAGGAGGAAGAAGAAGAAAUCCCGAGACGCCGUAGCAAAUACAGUCUUGCCAAUGCCAGGGUUGAUGUUAAGGGCCUUAUGAGACCUCAAUCUAAACGGUUACAAAAGCGAUUCCCUUCACCUUCCCCUUCCAGGCGGGAGUCCGACCACUCGCACUCAGCACUCACCGAGGAUGAGUUGAAGCUGCUACAGCAGAAAGAGAGAGAGAUGAGGAAAAAGCAGAUGAAGGACAGGAAGAUGCCAAAGAAAGGACAGAAGCUGUCACACCAGGAACUAAUAGAGCAGCAGAGACUACAACAGGAGAUGCAGAAGAAGAAAUAUGAUUUACCUGCUGGUUACAAGCCCCGGGCACCUGACCGACUGAAGGAGGAGGGCGAUGGCAACUACCCCAAUGUCAUGUUCCAGCAAGAGGACAUUGAUAGUUUCCAAGACAUGAUGUGGGAUCCGGAAGAAAAGCCGGGUGCCAAACAAGCUGGCCUCAUGGGCACCAAGCUUGAACUGCCACCUCCCCGUAGGUCCAUGGAACCACCAAGACCAAUCAAGCCAAUCAUAAACCGUCCCGGAGCUCCUCCGGCUAAACCACUAGAACAGCCUCCUGGUACAGAGACAACAGUCACUGCUGAGCAAGAGAAGCAGGAGGAAACUCAAGUCGAGAUUAAAACGCUAGAUCUGCCUAUGCCACACAUGUAUAAACCUCCUGAGCCAAAGCCUUCAAUGCCUACCAAAGGGAUGCAACAGACCGCAGACAAUAAAGGACUCGAACCAAAACCUGAAGAUGAGGAAAAAGACAGAGAAAACCUGUCGCCCGAGGUUGAAACAUCCAUGCAGCGACGAUGGGGAAGGGGCGAGUUGAUGCCCCGACCUGGAGGACCAGCCCCACAGGCUGGUGCUUUAAAAAAGUUAUCUGAACAGCGAAAGUCGAGCUCCAAGCCAAUCAAAAUUGUCCUGCCUCGAGAAAACGAUGCACCACAAGAUCCUCACACACUCCAAGAGUCGCCCAUGCCAGAAAUCACCGACGAGGACAUCGAGAAAUACAUGAAGGCCCUCGACUCUGACCAUGAUGAUGAAGAUGACAUAGAAGUGUACCACGGGUCCGCCAGAAGGAUGAGCAGGUCCAAGAGGUCUGUCAAGGACGGAGGUGGAGGUGUUCUCAUGCUGGAAGAGAAAAAGAUCAUCCGCCCUUACUCCUCCGUCACCCGGAGAGAUACACCUGAAGCCAAAGAAGACCCAGUCCGAGUUCGGCCCAAAACUGCACAAGUAAACUUCCACGCCAAUUUGGAGCUUAUACUAGAAAUUCCUGACAACAUUGACGACCUGCAGAAUGCAUUUGAUGACGCCUUUGACCGGUACCAGGGCAUGCCUGGAACACCGGCAACUCUGACGAAAGACAGGCUUUACAGGAACGACAGUACGAACUUUGAGGGCAACUAUCACGAGAGGGCUAUUGAGAGACAUAUGCUGCUGAGAAUGCAGAAGGAGUUACGCCUGAAGAGUGCUGCCCAGAAACGCCAGGCAUGGGAGUCCCAGAGAGGAGGAUCUCAGAGGACAUUAUCCAACCGUGAAGUCAUAAUAGAUGACGUCACACAGGAACCAGGGCAUCCCGGGUCAACAACUGCUCGGUCAGAUAGAUGGGCUGUUGCCACUGAUCGAGAGUUAGGGAGACUGUCCUCCCUUGGAAUGCAUACGCCAGGCCCACCACGGUACAAUCCCCCUCCUUCUCGGUCUCUUCCACAGCGGCCUCACACUGCAUUCAUACCCCUACCCGUUCCACCAACAACCGUCAACAAGUCCGAACUCAAAACAGAGAAACCGUUCAGAUUUGCAUUGGGAAAAGGUGGGCCUCCAUCAAGAAAACAAACACCGAGGCGAUCCAUGGUCGACUUCAAUGUGGAACCGAAUAUGAUAGACCCUCGGAACCCUACCAGGACAUACAGACCAGCCACUAGUAGGUCCAUACCCAGCAAGUGCAAUCGCUACAUGCUUGUGUCGCGGCCGAAAGAGAAGACAAAUUUCCCCCUCCCUUCACCUAUAGAGGAACAACUCCUGGCUGAUCGAUUUCCUAAUUUGGGAAUGCAGGUGUAUCGCCAUCACUCGGACAUAGCUCUCCGUUCUAAGAAAGUGUCCUACUGUAUAGAGUACACCCCGUAUGGAAGUUGUAGAUGACCAACGCAAUCUUUCUGUUGAUCUUAGUGAUGGAUUUAUUCCGUCUUUGCGUAUUGCAGAGUUAUCUUCUCUUGGGAGCAGGUAUUGAUUGU